GGUAUAUGGACACGUGGAGCCAUGAAAGGGUUAGGUGGUAAUCGAAACCGACACCAUUCUGACAACUGCGAACCCCCAAGCGAUACCAUGUACCCGAGCCCAGGACAGGAGAGGAACCCCUACCUUCUCAGUCCGUCAGAAUCCUAUCAGAUGGACCACCACAGGUUCACUGUGCCAAACUCCAACCAUGGCGACUGCCUCUUGCCUCUCAACAACCAAAUUGCCAGCAGCACUUUCCCCCGGAUCCAUUACAACUCCCACUUUGACCUGCGAGACGAGUGCGGCUUCACUCCGAACACGUCCACCAGCAAAAUCAACCGCAUCCCCGCCAACCUCCUGGACCAGUUUGAGAAGCAGCUGCCUAUCCAUAGGGACGGCUUUCACACCCUGCAGUUCCAGAGGAGCGACAACAAGCACCGGAGCGAGAGCCCCGGUCGCAUCCGCCACCUCGUUCACUCGGUUCAGAAGCUGUUUGCCAAAUCCCAGUCUCUGGAAGGCGCUGGAAAAGGCAGCGUGAACGGUGGUAAGUUUGGCACAGAGGACGGCAAGCAGAGCAAGAGGAGCAAGAGCAAGGAUAGGAAGACGGACACCAAACGCAGAACGAGAUCGAACAUCUCAGGCUGGUGGAGCUCAGACGAUAACUUAGACAGCGACAACUGCAACUAUCGGAAUCCAAUGAGCCUGAUGACACUGGGCAGACGUCCCGAUCACGGCCCUGCCAAGUACUUCAUGAACGCAUACAACACCAUCAGUGAACACACUCUCAAAGCUUCAAAGAGCAAUAAUGACUUGAAAUGUACACCGUGCGUGAACAUUCCCAUAAACGCUGAUUCCAAGUACAUUAAGAGGGGUUCCUGGUCAACGCUAACCCUGAGUCAGGCUCGUGAAGUUUGCCAAAAAACAUCUGCUACGAUGGAUAGAUCGCUAUUGAAAUCCAAGUCCUGCCACCAAGACCUAGCAUGUCAUUACUUGAAGGUGCCUCCUCACGAAGACUGGAACAGCACCCUCACGCGCAGCAAGGUGUCGGAGAUUCCCUGUCGGCGAAUGCGCAGCGGCAGUUACAUCAAGGCCAUGGGAGACGACGACAGCGAGGAUUCUGAGAUCAGCCCCAAGCCGUCCCCGAAGACCGCAGCCAGACGCCAGAGCUACCUGAAAGCCACGCAGCAAUCGCUCAGCGAGCAGACCAAUCAGCGAACGAGCACAACAAUCUCCUGUUCCUUGUGUUACCGCAGCCACAGCUACCUCGCAUCAGUGAGUGAGGCCAUCAACAGGAGUCUCGAUUGCCUGGAUACGGAGGGGCUGAAUUCACCUCAGUUCCGCAGAUGGAACACAGACUACGGAAUGGGUCUGGACACUAUCCAGUCCACCACUUCUAUCAUGCAGGUCGAGAUGAACGAUCAGUUUGACAAUGUCUGUGAGGCCGUCUUCAACGAGAUGGAGUCCCAAGCAAUGGAUGCCUUGGACCUGCCCAUCCCUGGCUGUUUCCGAUCAAGGAGUCACAGCUAUCUCAGAGCUAUCCAGGCCGGCUGUUCUCAGGAUGAUGACAAUGUAUCUGUCCGUUCUGUAUCUCCUCCGCCUAUAACUACCACGGUUAGAACCAUGCAAACCAGCACCAUGUCAUCGUGUAUAACCACUUAUAAGAAGACCCCACCGCCAGUUCCACCACGGACCACGUCUAAACCGUUUAUAUCCGUUACAGUCCAGAGCAGCACGGAAUCAGCCCAAGAUACAUACCUUGAUAAUCAGGAUCAUAAGAGUGAUAUAAACAGCCAGUCUGGUCGCAGUAAUUCUUCAGACAGCCUGGAUAGUGCCAGGGCGCUGAACACAACCAAGCCAGGAAGCCUUAAUGCCCCAGUUCGUGAACAAUUGGAAAACCAACAUCGAAAUGCCACAGUGACGAGUGAGAAAGCAACACUCCCUCCUGAGGAACCAAAGGCGGAACCUCCCCCCAAAAGAAAGCUUUCUUCCAUAGGAAUACAGGUUGACUGUAUGCAGCAGAGUGUGAUCAAGGAAGAAGACACUCAACUCAUCAACAAGUUCCAGUCGAUUGGAAUACAAGUAGAGACCGAGUGGCAGACUGGCCGCUCUAGCAGCAUGAUGUCAAAACAAGAGAUUGAUUCUGCUGCGCAAGAGUGUGGGAAUUCAACCGCUGGAUCCCAGGACAAAAUUAAUAAAUUUUCAGACUCUUCGCAGCAUCACAAUGCUUUGAACCCCGAACCUGCUUCACGACAGCAUGCAAAAGGUUCCCAGACAAAAAAUAAAGCUUUUGCUUAUGGAGACAAUUUGGACCCAGCUCUAGACCCAUCUUCUUUACCGCCACCUGAACCUUGGUUAGAAUCUACAAAUAACCUGCCUGUGGAGCCAGUGCAGGCAACUUCCUGUCGUCGGGAUGGCUAUUCGUUCUUGAAACUGUUACAAGCAGAAAAAGAAAGAAUGGAAGGAUGGUGUCAUCAAAUAGAGACAGAAACCAAAGAAAAUACUCUGUCUGAAGAAGUCCUAGGAAAAAUUCGGAGUGCAGUUGGAAGUGCACAGCUUUUGAUGUCUCAGAAAUUCCAGCAAUUCCAUGGCCUCUGUGAGCAAAACCUGAAUCAAAAUACAAACCCACGACCCACUGCACAAGAUCUAGCUGGCUUUUGGGAUAUGCUGCAGCUUUCCAUUGAAGACAUCAGUAUGAAGUUUGAUGAACUUUAUCACCUGAAGACAAAUGAGUGGAGAAUUGUUGAAAUGCCAGAAAAGAAGGAAGAGAAAAAGUUGCCCCCUCCAGUGCCAAAGAAACCAGCAAAGACUAAGCCUCCUGUAAAUCGUGAGAAACUGACCGAUUCAGCAGACAAACAGCGCCAGGAAGCUCGCAAACGACUGAUGGCUGCCAAACGCGCUGCAUCUGUACGACAGAACUCAGCAACAGAGAGUGCAGACAGUAUUGAGAUAUACGUACCUGAGGCACAGACGCGGCUGUGAAUUGAUCUUUUGUAUACAUUUUGGGCCAACUUUAAAACUUCUGUGGCCUCCGCUGUUCUACAAGCAACAUUUAAGUAUCAGAUACUAGAAUGCAAUGUUUGUUAGUAAUUAUGGCAUUGACAGUGAACGCCAGAUUUAGUCAUUCUUUCUACAACUUGUCUUGUAUCUCAUCAGCAAUGUGUUCAUUGGUUGCCAUGCUUCUCAUCAUUUGCAUGGCUUUGUCUUAGCCAUAACCUCACGUCAAUCUUUCUGUACAGUAAAUUAAUUGCUUUGUACCAUUGUCAUGCCUAUUAAUAGUAAACCGUGUUUUUCUAGCAUAUACAAGAAAAUUAGAUGAAGUACAAAAUAUUUGUUACUUCGAUUGCUGACUAUUUGAAGGAAGCUCAAGUUUCUUUAACCAACUGAACUUAAGAUUGGUUUUACUUCUGAGCUCAAUUUUAUUUGGUUUCUUACUUUUCUUCUAAGAAAUGUAUUCUCAUGAGUCAUCUGUAGAAACUACAGUUUCUCAGAAUAUGCUUCCAUUUGCUCUGUAAAUUUAGAGUGCUGGUGUAAAAUGAUGUGAAACUCCUCAAACAUUCAGUAGAACAAAGCAAUAGAGCAUUUACCUGUCUCAUGUUUUUUCCAAAAUGUACAUAAGCAACACACAAAAAACAACGUAAUUCACAAUCAUGGAACCAUUUUAUGAAAACAAGCACAUACAAAAACAAUUAAAAUGGAACUUUCGUUAGAAUCUUUUAGGAUGUGGAUCUUGGAUUUUGCAGUGAGUACUUUUAACAUUGUUUCAUUUGUUAUUACUUCCUGAUCCUAGCGAUAGCUUAAAAUGGCUGUUUAUAUGUAGAUACGUACGGUAGUUAAGAUUUUAAGCAUACAAAUGGAAAUUAAAUUAUGGAGAUAAACCAUAAAUUUGGAUUGAUGUAAGAAAGAAACCUGUUAGGUGAAUGUGUACUGUUCAAAAACAAUUGGUGAACAUUCAUAAGAAAUGUGAAAUAAGCACUACCUAAUUAAUAGCUUUUGUCCAAAUAUACUUUAUAUCGGUGGCUUUUGUUACUCCGUGUCCACACUCCACCCUCUGAUGUUCUUUGUGUUGUCUAGAAGGUUGCAUAAUUUGUUGCAUAAUGCACGUCCUUGCCCCUUUCAUUUUGUUUCCUCCUCGUUGAAAACUUUUCCUUUUUAAAAGAAUUACCUUUUCAACAGUCAAAAUGCCAACAUUUGCUUCAACUUGUUUAAAUCCCAUGAGCGUAGGAUUUUGUAGCACAGGAAAUGACCAAUAAAAUAUUGUUCAACUAUAUUGCAACUGUGGUAAACCUGAGCUGACUGCUUUGAACUGUUUGCUCAUUCUGUUGACUGCUGCACGAGAAAUUGAUUAUCUGCAGUUUUUGUACAGGUUUGACCACGAUGAGAUGAGAUCUUGGUCAAUCGGACAUGUAUGAGAUUUGUUCCUGUGUCAUACUGUUUUAGAAUCCCAUCACUGAACGGUCAUCUUUGUUUGUGGAAUGUUUGAAAGAAAAUCUUUUUAUUUCUCAUAAAGAAAAGGUUUGAAGGCCACCACACCUUCAGUCUUCUGCCUUUUUGAAACAGCUCGUCUUCUAGGGCUGAUACCUUUCAGCUGAAAUGUGUAUCGAGCACCAUAAUUUCACUGUCUUGUUAAAGUCCCAUGUGUGACCUGACUAAACCCUUAUCCAUUUGCACAUAUUUUAACUAGUGCAAUUAUUUCUCUUUAACCCUAACUCAAUGUUUGUACCAUCUUGGCCAGGUCUUGUCAUUUACAGAACUUAUAGCCCUUAUUUUACUGCUUCUGUUAAAUAUUCUGCUGUUAUUGUGAAUUUAUGGUAGUGCAGUAGAAACUUGCAUCAACUCGCAUCUUCCUGAACUGAACCAAUACAUUGAGUGUUCCUUAAAUAAUCAUUGUGACAAUACAAAGUACUCUUGCUUUCAUUUUGCCCUGUGUACUCUUAAAAGGUAUAUUGGUAACAUUAUAUAUUUAAAGUAUAAAAAAUUGCAGUUUGUAAAAACAAAACUCUGAAGAAUGCCUCAAUCCUACGACAAAUCUAACAUAUUAGUGUGAGAUGCUAUUCUGUUUGUUGGUCUAAUUUGACUGUUUUAGAGAGAUUCUUAAAUUCAAGCCAUGCAAUUUAGUCUUAUUCCUGAAACCAAGCAGUGAUGCAAAAACUGGAUUGUGUGGCAAAUGACAAUAUGCACUCUUUAUGAAGCAGUGAAGCAAUUGCAUUAAAAGAAAAUGCCCUGGAUAGUGUCUAGUAUCUGGCUUUUGGUGUUACUACUGUUUGUCAGAGCAAAGGUGCCAAGAGCAAGUAGUGCUGAAGAUCCAACAAGGAGAUGUGAUCACCAAGAGAAAGAAAAAUGUACAUUGCUGUAGUGGGGAGUGCCUGUCCCAGAUCAGGCUUAAACAGAAGGAACUUUACACAACCUGACUUGAAAUUGCUUGAUGCUGCUGUUGGUUACUCAAAGGAAGAAACAUUCCAAUUGCCAGCAUUGACAUCCCCUCACUUGCACAAAACAUUUUGUAGGUUUAUCUCUUUGAAUGUCUGAAUAGACCAGCAAAUAGCUCACAGUCUUUUCAAGAAACCUGGUGUAUGCUCUGUAUAUUCUCACAUGAAAUAUUUAAUGAUUUUACUGACUUGAAAAAUAUGAAAGGAAAAACCUUUGCGAUCUGUAGUCAUUUUAUUUUUCUCUAAACAAACGUGUGUGCAAUGUUUCAUGAAUGUGUAAGUGUUCCAAAGAUGUAUCAUUUUUGGCAUUUUUAGGGGUGAUGCUUGUGUGGCUGUCGUUUUAGUGCAUUUGGUGAUUUGGGGUUACAAUGAGAAAUCCCACUACCUGUGCACAUUGGCAAAAGUGCACUACAUUUACCAGCACAUCGAACAUCACCACCCUUCCCUGAGGCAAAAUUUAUAUUUUUGUAGGAGUUGUCAUGUUGAUUGUAAAAAAAAAAAUGCGUUUAAUUUCCCAUCCCGAACUGUAUACUUUAUCAUCUUUCUCUUUAACCUCCUCACCCACACACGUGCGCGGUCAGCAAAAAAAGGAGGCUCAUGAUGCUUGUAUAAACUGAUGGUUAGGACCUGGUGAAUUUCUAUCGCACCAAAGGACAGGAAUGGUUCAAAUGAGAUUUGCAUGCUAAUUAAAAAGUACCUACAACAUAGGAACAGGAGUAGGUCAUUCAGCCGCUCAGGCCUGUUCCUCCAUUAUGUAAGAUCCUGGCUGAUCUGUACCUCAACUCCAAUUACCUACCAUUCCCACAUUUCCCUUGAUACCCUGACCCAACAAAUUGCCACCUGAGAGCUGUAUGUCCAGGUAAGCCUUAAAUAUCCCACAAAAGGGUUUAAAGAGAAUGGAGUUUCUAAUUCUCCAAGAUUCAUUGGUCAGUCGUCUCGUCGUCUUGACAUCUUGCUGUGCGCAAACUGCUGUGUUUGCCUACAAAAUCGUCCGUACACUUCACACCAAUUACCCGUGAAGCGCUGGAAGAUGUUUUGACGUGGUCGGGUGCUAUAAAAUGUGUUUUUUCAUUUCUGAUUUACCUUUUUACCAAAUUUCUCCAUUUGAUUUGUAAAUAAGCCAAAGAAAUGGCUUGUUAAUUUAUAGACUUUGUAACGAGAUGCGAUCCUUAUUCAUUUUAGAUUGCAGUAUGUUUCGCUUAAGCACUUUAUUUUUCACGGCAAUCACCACUACAAGUAGGGCUGACCUUGUCAUGAAAUUAAGUCGACACUAUUACCACUUAUUCGCAGUACACAAGCUUUUUUGAAGUGUUCUGCUGUGCACAUUGGGCGAGGUAUUUAGAACAAGGACUUUUCAAAAAAAUAAGCAUAAGGGCUAACAUGAUUGCUCCAAAUUGAUUUUUAAUGAAAAGUUUAUUACUAUUGAUCAAAUGCUGUGCAUUAGCUGUCUGUUCCAGUUGUUUGCAGCACACUUUAAUAUCUCAAUAUUGAAUACCACAAUAUAUUUCAAAUGUCUACCCAUAAAACUAUUAGGAGCAUGAAAUGACCAUCUCUAGAGAAAAGUAGCAUUUUGCUUAUUGACAACAGAGAAGCUGGAAUCCUGUAUCAUUGCGAACAUUUCUAUAAAUCUGAGCUGAUCGAGAAGCAUAUUUUAGCACAGCCUACAAUUGUGCCAUGUUAUUGACCAGAUUGCGGCUUUGUUAUGGCUACUGUGGCACUGGCAGGGGUUCAGUUCACCAGCAUUUGCACUUUUGCCAGUUCUUAUGUUGGUGAUUUCAUAUGUUCAAAAUCAAAAGGUGUCCAGCCUCAAGGGUGUACUGAUGCAUGCAGAAGCCACUGCUCAAAUGUUGCAUCGAAAGCUGUUCAGUGGGAACUGAACCAAUUGGUAGGCGUAUCAGCCUGUUCCAAAACUUUAGUUUUUUUUUUACCCGCGAGCAACAAGGAGUGUUAGAACUGCUCUAACUAAUCAUUCUUGGGUUAGAAAGUGAUGGUGUAAAUGUGGAUUUUUUUUAAAAAAGGGAGAAAUUCUAAUGGUUAGUUGUACAUCAAAUAAAAGCUUUCAGUGAUUGGUUCAGUGUUGGUAUUUACUCAUAACCAAACAUUGACACACCACAUUAUUUUAAAAUUCCCCUUCAUGAAAGUGUUACAAAAAAAAUGAAUCCCCCACGAUUCUCCCCACCACACACACGCACACUGAUGGCCUGAUCUCAUCUUAUUGAACAAAUAUGAAUUGAAUUCACUGCUUUGACUGGUCCCCUAAAAUAUCAAGGUGCAAUAUAAAUUGCACAUUAGCAAGUCUUUGCAGUGAAAUACCAUCAACCGCUUGCUUUGUGGAUACUGGUCAUGCUUUUACUGCAGAAAUUCUAUGGUAAAACUUAUAUUUGGGAUAAUUUUGAAUGAUGCCAUUAAAUUAAGUACAGAAUUAAUCAUUUAAACGUAUCCAAUUUCAUUACUAUCAACUUUUGCCUAUAUUUGGUUUAACCAUUUAGUUGUCUGUAUAUUUUUCCUUUUUUCUUAAAUAGCUCAAGACAAUUCUCACCUAUUUUCAUUGUUUGCUUCUAUCUCUUAUGCCAGGUUGUUACAGUUUCCCUCUAUGCCUCUGUUAAGUGUGUUCAAACUAUUUUCUGCUCCUGGUUUCAUUAAAAAUCUAAUAAACUG